AUGGAGGGAGAGCAAGAGUUGUUGAAGGUUUCACCCAUGAAGGGUGUGGUAAGAGGUCGUCCGAGGUAUAUUGGACCGUUUAAAGUUCUUAAACGUGUGACAGAGGUGGCCUAUGAAUUGGCUUUGCCUCUAGAGUUUUUUUGGAGUAAUCCGAUAUUUCAUGUCUCUAUGCUGAAGAAAUAUCAUGGUGAUGGAAACUACAUUAUUUGUUGGGAUUCGUUCCUGCUUGAUGAGAAUUUGUCUUAUAAAGAGAAGCCUGUAGCUAUCCUCGAUAGAGAAGUUUGCAACUUGAGGUCAAAGGAGAUUGCAUCUAAGAAGGUCCAGUGGAAGAAUCAUCCUGCUGAGAAGUCCACUUAG